CGUGUCGUCCAGGAAGCGGAAGCGCAGAGGCUGUCGACUAAAGUUUGUGUAGCGUGUUGGCUAAAAACAGCAAAAACUUCAGCCGCUUUUCAGGAUCUUUAUGAAACAUCAGGGACACUUAUUGACCUUAUUGUAGUUUAGAGUUAAAGUACUAGUCGUGGUAAACAAAAAUAGGCGGUAAUGGGGGGAACCGCGAGUAAACUGCCGAAAGAACUGCUGUCAGAGUAUCAGGAGCUCACAUUUCUUACAAAGCAAGAAAUAUUACUGGCACACAAACGAUUCUCUGAACUCCAGGGCAGAGAAAACGGGCCGUACAGCUCCAGAGUGUCCAUGGAGAAGAUCCUCACACUUCCUGAACUCAAGUCCAACCCGUUCCGGAAGAGGAUCUGUCACGUUUUCUCCACCUCUGACUUGCGGGACGGCAGCUUGACUUUUGAAGAUUUUCUGGACCUCUUGAGCGCCUUCAGUGAUUCUGCAACGCUGGAGAUCAAGUCCCACUAUGCCUUCCGGAUAUUUGACUUUGACGAUGAUGGCACACUGGAUGCCAGAGAUCUGGAGAAGCUGGUGAACUGUCUGACGGGCGAAACAGACGACACGCGUCUCACUGCCGAGGAGAUGAGGCAGCUCAUCAGUAAUAUCCUUGAGGAGUCCGACAUCGACAAAGACGGAACGGUGAACCUGUCCGAAUUUCAGCACGUCAUCUCCAGAUCGCCAGAUUUUGUCAGUUCAUUCAAGAUCGUGUUGUGAAGUUUCCACCGCUGCUGCUUCCGGUCCGGAUGUUUCACCUGCACCUCAAUAAUCUCUCCAAUAAUGUAGCGUCCUAAUUAUGAAUGUACUCUCUUGUUAAGCAUUUUUACCGUUUAUAUGUUUGAAAGCAGUUUUCACCUCUACUUUCUAUCUUGAAUGUUGGAUCUUAUAUAUAUUUGUACCUAAUUUAAUAAACCCGGGUGUGUUUCUGUCAG